AGCGCGGGUGGGAAGCGAGUCGGCGGGCGCACGGAGCAGCUGCUGCUUCGGCGACUCUCUGCGCUGCGGAUCAUGUCUCUGAGCAGCAGUCUCCCGCGGUUCCUCCAGACGCAGGUCCAUUCCGUCCUGAAGAAGUCCGUUCACUCCGUGGCUGUGGUAGGAGCCCCCUUUUCAGGGGGACAGAAAAGAAAAGGAGUGGAAUAUGGUCCAGCUGCUGUAAGAGAAGCUGGCUUGAUGAAAAGGCUUUCCAACUUGGGCUGCCACCUAAAAGACUUUGGAGAUUUGAGUUUCACUCCAGUUCCCAAAGAUGAUCUCUACAACAACCUGAUAGUAAAUCCACGCUCAGUGGGCCUUGCCAACCAGGAACUGGCUGAGGUGGUUAGUAGAGCUGUGUCAGAUGGCUACAGCUGCAUCACAGUGGGAGGAGACCACAGCCUGGCAAUCGGAACCAUUAGUGGCCACGCCCGGCAUUGCCCAGACCUUUGUGUCAUCUGGGUUGAUGCCCAUGCUGACAUCAACACACCCCUAACUACUCCAUCAGGAAAUCUCCAUGGACAGCCAGUUUCAUUCCUACUCAGAGAACUACAGGACAAGGUACCACAACUCCCAGGAUUUUCCUGGCUCAAGCCUUGUGUCUCUUCUCCAGAUAUUGUAUACAUUGGUCUAAGAGACGUGGACCCUCCUGAACAUUUUAUUUUAAAGAACUAUGAUAUCCAGUAUUUUUCCAUGAGGGACAUUGAUCGACUUGGUAUCCAGAAGGUCAUGGAACAGACCUUCGAUCUGCUGAUUGGCAAAAGACAAAGACCAAUCCAUCUGAGUUUUGAUAUUGAUGCAUUUGAUCCUACACUGGCUCCAGCCACAGGAACCCGUGUUGCAGGGGGACUGACCUAUCGAGAAGGCAUGUACAUUAGUGAGGAAAUACACAAUACAGGGUUGCUGUCAGCACUGGAUCUUGUUGAAGUCAAUCCUCAGGUGGCCACUUCAGAGGAAGAGGUGAAGGCUACAGCUGGCCUGGCAGUGGAUGUGAUUGCUUCAAGUUUUGGUCAGACAAGGGAAGGAGGGCACAUAGUCUAUGACCAACUUCCUACUCCCAGUUCACCAGAUGAAUCAGAAAGCAAAGAACGUGUGAGAAUUUAG